AUGGUCUCCGCAUCGGCUGUCGCGCAGGAGCGGCUUCACGACUGGAGCCUGCGUUACCUGCGUCUCAAGAUCAUGGUGCUCGUCUUGCGAUCGCUCAACUCGCUGCGUCCGCUCGUUCAUCGCAAUCGCCCGCCGUUGCCGCACGCAUUCGAGCGCCACAUCGUAGACAUCCCCUCGCGCGACCCCAACCGCACCAUCCGAGCACACAUCUACCGCUCCAAGCGCGUCGCUCCCUCCUCGGACGGCGUAGCGGCCCCGCUGCCCGUCCACAUCACCUGGCACGGCUCCGGCUUUGUGCUGCCCAACCUUGGCGACGACUACGCCUUUAUCGCGCAUGUGCUCGAGCAGCUCGGUCCGGACUGCAUCCUCAUCGAUGCCGACUAUCGCAAGGCGCCCGAACAUCCCUUCCCGGCCGCCAGCCACGAUGCACAGGACGUGGUCAACUACGUUCUUGCCCAGCCCCAGGUCUACGAUCUGCACCGCAUCACACUCGGUGGCUUUUCGGCAGGCGGCAACCUCAGCCUCGUCGUAGCCUCGCAGCUGGGCCCUGCGCGCAUUGCUGGCGUUGCGGCGCUCUAUCCUGCCGUCGACUUUACCGUCAAGCCCGGUGCACGCACGGCUCCCUCCAAACACCGCCCGGACAGCGGCUUCGCCCUGCCCAACUGGAUGAGCAACAUGUUUCUCGACUCGUACUUUGUUCGCGAUCAGGACAAGAACCAUCCGCUCUGCAGCGUCUACUUUCAGGACGCGAAUCGAUUUCCACCCGUCUUGCUUGCUUGUGGAAAGGGCGAUACGCUCCACUAUGCGUCGGAAAAGCUGGUUCGCAAGCUCACGGACGCAGGCAGGAAAGACGCGCGCUUCAUCAGCGUCGACAACGAAGGCCAUGGCUUUGACAAGCUCCCGCGCGGCCCAACCUCGCUCCAACGCAGAGACCACGUCUACUCGGAGUUUGCAAACUUCAUUCGCAAUGCUUGGGACCACCACAACGCUCAGCUCAGGGCCCAGCUCUAG